UUGGGGUUCGUGUCUCUCAGUUACAGGUGUUAUUGUUCAGGCCGUCCCGUCUACAUACCGUAACUGCGCGCGUGGCUUCUGUGCUGCCCCGUGCUGCGUGAUUUGGGGUUGCGCGGGUUGCGGUGUUUGGUGGACUGUGUGGACUUGUUGAUGAAUGGCCCAGAGACCGCACAGCCUUUUUACCGAGGCGGAUUCACGCUCCACUGUCAUCGCUCCCGGGGGGCCGAUAUUGAUUUAACGUUGCGGUUUCGAUCCGCGUGAUUGAUGACUUUGGCCCCUCACCGGGCACGCGUCACCGCCGGCCUGUACCGUCACAUCAGCGUUGGUGACACAGCUCUUGCUGCCUCAGGCGCGCGCACACACACACGUGAAUACAUAGCCUACAAAAUGGGGAAAACAGGAAACUGGCCAGCCCCUCAUUUUCCUAGUCCACAUCAUUAAGCGGGCACGCACUUUUGAUUUGUGGGCACGUGUGAGGACGUUACUUUUUUACAGUGACUCUUGGAGGCUUAUCCUAACCUUAACCAUGGCUGUCACGUGCCCAAACUCAAACACAACCAUAUUAACUGAAGCCUAAAUCUAACAGAGAUCUUAAGUGAACAGUUUACCUUGCGUGGAGCAGCUUUCUGUCCCUACAUGGAUCGCGAAGUAAAAAGAGAAGAAAGCAUCGAAGGAGUCCCUGCAUGGGAGCAGCUGUGCUGCCUAAUCAACAUCUGACAGAAUCUGCCAAAGGACGCUUUGGACACACUCUCAUGUCCUUAAACACAAACUGUUAAAUCCAAGGAGCUAAAAAAAAGAAAAAACAAAAAAAGCCAAGACUGGCUCCAGCAAGUGGACAGAUUCUAAAGUGAAACACGGCUGGAGAAGGGGAGGGUUGUAUGGGUGCCAAAUUCCCAUCCAAGACACACCGCAUCUACCGCCGCCGCCUCCGUCCUCUUCCUCCCUCCAUUUCCUCCUCCUCCUCCGCUUUUCUCUCAUUCUCCCUCUUUCUCUCUCAUGGGAGUGACAUAGAGGCCGUCGCUUUGUCUGCUGCCCCACCCCUUCCCCGCCUUGCCGUGAAAACGGGGGCGUCCAGGUAGUGAUGUCGUGGAAGAGGAACUACUUUGCAUCGGGUGGCGGAGCAGUAGGCGGGGUGCAGGGGCUGGUGACCCCGAGAACCAUGACCUCUAUCGCACCCAGCAAAGGCCUGAGCAACGAGCCGGGACAGAACAGCUGCUUCCUCAACAGCGCUCUGCAGGUACUGUGGCAUCUUGACAUCUUCCGCAGAAGCUUUCGACAGCUGACCACACACAAGUGCAUGGAGGACUCGUGUAUCUUCUGCGCAUUAAAGAGUAUCUUUGCUCAGUUCCAGUUCAGCAGUGAGCGUGUGCUGCCAUCAGAUGCACUGCGGAGCGCUCUGGCCAAGACUUUCCAAGACGAACAACGCUUUCAGCUGGGCAUCAUGGACGAUGCUGCCGAGUGCUUCGAGAAUCUUCUGAUGCGUAUCCACUUCCACAUCAGCGCGGAGAGUAGAGAAGACAUCUGCACAGCCAAACACUGUAUACCACACCAGAAGUUUGCCAUGACUCUGUUUGAACAGUGUGUGUGUAACAGCUGUGGAGCCACAUCAGACCCCCUGCCCUUCAUUCAGAUGGUUCAUUACAUCUCCACUACAUCCCUCUGUAACCAGGCAGUGAGGAUGCUGGAGUGCAGAGAGAAACCCACACCGGACAUGUUUGGAGAACUGCUCCGCAACGCCAGCAACAUGGGAGACCUGCGCAACUGCCCUAGUAACUGCGGGGAGGUGUUGCGUAUCCGCCGGGUGCUGAUGAACUCGCCAGAGAUAGUGUCCAUUGGCCUGGUGUGGGACUCAGACCACUCUGACCUGGCGGAGGACGUCAUACACAGCCUGGGGACCUGCCUGCGUCUGGGGGAUUUGUUCUACCGUGUGACAGAGGAGAGGGCUCGCCAGGCGGAGCUCUACUUGGUGGGCAUGGUGUGCUACUACGGCAAGCACUACUCCACCUUCUUCUUCCAGACCAAGAUACGCAAGUGGAUGUACUUCGACGACGCCCACGUCAAAGAGAUCGGCCCUAAGUGGAAGGACGUGGUGUCUCGCUGUAUCAAAGGCCACUAUCAGCCCCUGCUGCUGCUCUACGCUGACCCCCGUGGGACACCGGUGAUACUGCAGGAGAGCCCCAACCCCUGUACCAGCUCCAACCCGCAGCUGGAGCUCCAGCACUGCAGCAGCAAGGCUGGUUACGACAGCGAGGACUCCGGUCGGGAGCCGUCUAUAUCCAGCGAUACUCGAACCGACUCUUCGACGGACAGCUCCAGCCACCGCGCUUCUCGCAGCCGGUCUCUCCACCAGUCCACGGGCAGCCACCUCUCCAGUGAAUCCCAGACCACAGUGGUCUGUAAUUACGACAUCGGCACACCACCACACGGUGCUGACGCCGAAGAGUCAGCAGUGGAGGGUCCUCCCCGCCCUCCCUCUCCUCCCCUGCAGGAGUACAAGGAGACGGCCGUCUUCCUCCUCUCUUCCCGCCGGCCACUCACCUCCUCUUCUUCCUCCUCUCGUCCCCUGUCCUCCUCUUCUUCUUCAGGAGUCGGGGGCUGUGAGGGUGGGGUUGGGGGACCCCACUGGGAGGAUGAAAGCACCAGCAGUGAGAGCAAGUCCAGUUCUUCCGGAGGCCGCUACAGGCCAACCUGGAGGCCCAGGAGAGAGGCCUUGAACAUCGACAGCAUCUUCACCCGCCAGAGAGGUUGCUCUUUGGGCUACCACACCCCACCUGGUCCCUCUCUCCCUCCGGAGCCCCAGGACUCUCUGCCCUUGGCGGGACCCGCUCCACCUGCACAGCCAGGGUUGCAAGAGGUAGAGGGGAGGGAGGUUGGGGAGUUGGAGGCAGGAUUUGGGCUGGUCGGGCAGCCCAGGUCUCUGGGCAGUGGGCGGACGAUGGGUCCCCCUGCCCCUCCACCUCUGAGAGGGGUGGAGCACCAGCCACGUCUGAUUCAGAGGAUGGAGAGUGGCUACGAAAGCAGUGAGAGGAAUAGCAGCAGCCCCGACAGGGAGGUGGGGCAACAGAAACGGGUGCUGAUGUCAGGACCUUCAUGGCGCUCGGUGCCCAAGUCAAAAAGCAGCGGUGCCAUCCUGCAGGAGCUGCCCUCCCCCAGCUGGGGUGGCGGCACCAACACAGGCUCAGGGCGCAGUGAGCUGGACGAGCUGCAGGAGGAGGUGGCGAGGAGAGCCCGCCAGCAGGAACAGCAGAAGCGGAGGGAGGCAGAGCGGGAGGCGGCCAUGGGAUUCAACCCCAAACCCAGCAAAUUCAUGGACCUGGACCAGCUCCAACACCAGGCUGUGCUCAGACCCCUGCAUGAGGCUAACGCUCAUAGCGGAUUGGCUGUAGCUGCGUGCAUGAGGAGCACUGGGGUCCCAAUCAAACGCAGGCAGGAACAGGAAAUGGAACGGGAGACAGGAAGCGCCCGCCCACAGGGGCCUCGCAGUGAACAGCCUGGCCCGGUCCAAGUACUGCUGACGCCCAAUCAGGAGGAGGAAGAGGACCAGGCAACGCCCAACCAGGACGCUGCUCUGGGCCUGGACCCGCCCCCUCCACCCUAUCGCCCUGCUCACUCUCGACCCCCGCUCACCCUCAGCAUCCCUCACCCUUGCGCCCCUUCUAGCCAAGGAGAGGAGGAGGAGGGCGGAUGCUUGGGGAGGAGAGGGGAGGACGGGGAGGAUGGGAGGGAGGGGACGGGGGUGAGGCUGUGUGAGUUGCUGCAGGCAGGGGGGGUGAGUGUCAGACCCCUGGGGAAACACUUAGCCAUCUCUCUGCCCUCACUUCCUCUGCGUCUCUGGGAUACACACACCACACACACCGCACACUCCAAACACCUUGAACCCCCACACACACACCCUCCCCCUCCGCCCUCCACUCCUCCCCCGUCUUCCCCUCUGGAAGCCUCCGGGCAAAGGAAACCUGUCACACCUCUCUGGCAGUCCCCCCAGCCCCACUCCCCUGCCGGUGCCGCUCAGCAUUGGCCGAGGCACGGAGUCGCCCCUGACAGCGGCACACGUCAUUGGUCCUCCUGGAGUUUGGAUCGCCCCGACGCUGUGGUGACGCCAUAUGACACCCCCCCAGACCGCUGUGUUCCCAUCAGGCCGCAUCUGUCCAGCCAGAACUACAGCUACAGUUGCCAGUCCUCUCCAGGGCACUACAGCUUCCAGCAUGCCCCAGGGCAACACAGUGAUCCCUGCUGUGACCGUGAAGAGGCUGAGCUGUCUGAGCUUGACUCCCUUUACCAGGCCAGUCUGCUAGCUGGAAAGACAGGCUGUAGCCCAUCAGAGAGGCUCAUAUCCAGGGUGGGAGGGCAGGCUCGCUCCAAGACCCCCAGUGCAGACAUGGAGAGGAGUGUGUACGGGGCGGACUGCACCAGCACCCCCACCUACCUCAACAAGCCAGUGACGUUGCAGGAUCUGCGUUUAGGGGUGGAGCCUGAUGACGGGGAAAACCUGAGGCGAAUCGGACGCAGCCUGAGCGGCACAGUAGUGACCUCGCACCGCAGCCGCCUGACUGCAACCCGCAGCUUUGAGCUGUCGGGCAGUGCAGGGAGCUUCUGGCUGUGUCUGACGGGGGUCAAGCUGUCUUCUGACCAGAGUCCUGCUCUGCUUGAUUAAUGUCUCAGCGCGUCCACCUCCACACGUCACGGGGCAGCAGCGCCGGCGUCCUUGACGACCUCGCCUCGACGGACCUGGAAUUGGCUCGGGAGGAUCAACUAAACUCCUAUCCUGUUCCUCCUCCCUUCCUCACACGACAUGCACACGCAAACACAUGCACGCACACAUGCACAUCUGCACUGACGUAGAGCCUCCCUCAGCGCCUGCAGCACCCCGCUUAGCCCCUCCUUGCCUUCCUCCCUUUCUCCCCCUCCCCCAGCCCCCCCCCUUGACCCACUAUUCUGUCUAUGCAGUCACUCUGACCCCCAACUACAACCUCAACCUUCCCCCCUACUUCCCGGGACUGUUGUUUCUCGUCUCCCCCUGGCUUUUCAGAGGGUUUCCCUGUGCAGUCAGCCUGGCGAGCAUGCCGCUUAUAGUGGUGUUGUUGGCUUGGUCGCUCACUGGCCGGGUCUGACUGGGACCUGAGCCCUCGGCAGACUCGUCCUCCACCUCACAGGAUCCUCAGCUCAGGGGGAGGCCUCUUACCAAGUAGCCACGCCUCUUCCUCUUUCUUCACGGGCAUUUCCUGUUGGACGCACACGUAGCCGAACUGGGUCUGUUUCAGAUGGACAGCCAUAUUUUUUCUGUUUUUGUUUUUGGGAUUUGUUUAACUUUUUGUUUCCUGUGUGCGCGCACAGUAAAUCCGCCCGAGGCCGAACUCUCUAAUAACUAAAAGUCAUGUACAGAAAAACUCAUGUAUGAAACCUGUAUGUUAAUUAAUAAGACCUUAUGGAAUGUUGAUAAUGAUAAUUAACGAAUAUUGAUAAACUUAAAGUGGUACUUCCUCAUGUCUGCAUUUCAAAUAGAAGUGGAGUGCACUUCACAAGUGUCUAGCUGGAGUUUCCGCCCCCCCCAAACCGCUCGCCGACCUAAUGACAGCUCUCCCGUUUCUACCGGGAGAUUAAACAAGAAAAGCGCUUCCUUUUUCUCUGCUUCUUUCCUUGUUGCGUUUUCUUUCUUUCUUUCUUUCUUUCUUGUUCUCUUUCAUUCUCGCUUUCUUUCUUUUCUUCCAAAACGGGAAACAGUAGCACCAGAAACAGGCCAGCAGGGGAGGAAAGUCGAGAAGGAAUGAGAGAAUGUAGGUUAGGGAUACCCUUCUCUUUUGGCUUUAUCAAUGAAAACAGAGAUUCAUAAGUGCGCUUUGCAAGGUUGCUUGGCAGAAGUGCACUUUCUGAAGGCUUUUUGACUGAGAGGUGCUCUAUCUAACUUCAGUGGCACUUAUGAAUUCACACUUUAUUAAUUCUCCCUCCCACUGAAACUGGUUUUGAGACCUCAGAUGUGAAUAGAAAAUGCCCAUCUUCAGCCUGAGACAGUGACAUGUCUAAUAUGAAUAUGCUUUAUAUGAUAUAUAUGUAUUAGAGGUAUAUUUUCAGCCAGUGAGCUAUCUUCUUCAGAGAUGUCAACCAUUCCUCAGUUGUAACGCAAUUAUGAAUAUACAGUAAUGAAAAGUUAAUUCACACCCCCCCUUUACUGAGUAGCAUUCUGACAUGUGUAGAGUACAUUUAUUAUAUGCUUUAUUAUAUUAAAAAUCAUAUAAAAUAACAAAGUCCUUAUUGAAAAACUGGCCAAUGUAAAGUUCUUCAAGAAUUUACUGAUGUUGAUUGAUCGUUGUAACUAAACCAAAGGUUGGCACUUAACUCAGAGAGCGUAUUUAACAUUGCUGUUUUUAUUUUCCAUUUAGGUUCAGUUCUGAUCUGUUUGUUGUUGUUUUUUUUGUUUGUUUGUUUGUUUCUUUUUGGGGUUCUGGAUGUGGGAGAAUGUAGCCAAUUGUAGCGCAUGAGUCCGCUAUGCAAAUCAACCUUCCCUCACGAUCCUGUAUCAGAGACAGUCAGGAGGCAGACACACCCACCCGCGGGCGCUCUCAUGGACUCUGGCAGAGACACGGAGAGGAGGAAGGAGAUCUCAUGUUAAUGCUGCUGGUGAACUUUGUUGUUCUGCAUCUACUACUAUGUUUCAACCAAUGGAAUGCAAAAAGAGAGCAACAACGAGGGAGAGAGAGCGAGAAAAGAGAGCGAAUGAAUGUAAAACUAAAGGAUGAGAGUGUGUGUUAAGUGUGUGUUUGUGAAUGACGGGCAGAGAGAGAGAGAGAGAGAGAGAGAGAGAGAGAGAGAGAGAGAGAGAGAGAGAGAGAGAGAGAGGUGGAGAGGGGAGAUUUAACUACUGCAGGUGGUUUAUUGUUUGUGGGUGUGUGUAGACUGUGUGUGUGUCAGUUCUGGGGUGGUGUUGCUCGGGGAAAGAGGGAACCUGUAUUUUUGCAAUAAAGUUAUUACCAAUGCACUCCCACAGGGGGGCGU